AUGUCAUUACCCCUACGACACAGCCUUGAUAACGUAACUUCAAUAGACAGAAUAGUAGAAGAUCUAUUAGUGCGUUUUAUCAUCAAUUGUCCUCCCGAAGAUCUAUCCAGUGUAGAAAGAGAAUUAUUCCAUUUUGAAGAAGCCUCAUGGUUCUAUACAGAUUUCAUCAAAUUGAUGAAUCCAAGUUUACCUUCCUUGAAGAUUAAGUCAUUAUCUCAGUUUUUCAUCAAAUUAUGUCCACUUAUUUGGAAAUGGGACAUAAAAGUAGAUGAGGCUUUACAAAAAUUUUCUAAAUACAAGAAGACCAUCCCUGUCAGAGGUGCUGCUAUAUUUAAUGAAAGUUUAAAUAAGAUUCUUUUAGUGAAAGGUACAGAAUCUGAUUCAUGGUCGUUCCCAAGGGGAAAAAUUUCAAAAGAUGAAAGUGAUUUAGAUUGUUGUAUUCGUGAAGUCAAAGAAGAAAUUGGUUUCGAUUUAACAGAUUAUAUCGACGAGGAUAAAUUCGUUGAAAGAAGUAUUUCAGGAAAGAAUUACAAAAUUUUCCUAAUUAAAAAUGUUUCGGAAGAUUUUGUCUUCAAACCACAAGUUAGAAAUGAAAUUGAUAAGAUUCAAUGGUUCGAUUUCAAAAAAAUUAAUAAAAUGGUCCAUAAGAAUUCCAAUUCACAUUCAAGCUCUUCCAAUGGUAUGAAGUUCUAUCUAAUUAACUCAAUGAUAAGACCGCUUUCAAUGUGGUUGAGGAAUCAGAAACAAGCUAAAUCUGAGGAUCAAUCAAAACUUUAUGCUGAAGAGCAACUCAAGUCCAUUCUUGGAUUGACUAAGAAGGAGGAAAUUGACCCUGGAAGAGAUUUAUUGAACCUUUUACAUUCUGCAGUACAAACUAACGGUACAUCGAACAAUAAUCCUGUGGCAAUGAAUCCAAUUCAAAAUAAUGAAGCUGCUCCUUUCCAUGUUCCCCUUCCAAUUGGUUUUCAACCUUUUGCUCCAUUUCCGUUCGCCAAUGGUAACAUGCCUUUCAAUAUGCAAUUCAACCCAAUUCCUUUACAGUCACAAAUCUUACAACAUUCUUCCAUACCUUUUACACAACCUAUUAUGCCACCCACGUCAAAUCAACAAAUUGAAACACCAAAUAUAACCUCUUUAUCGAGACCAUCAUUGAUUCCUAUCAAUCCAGAAAAUAAUCCUAAAGAAUUGCUAAACCUUUUAAAAUCCAAAAAAGAACCUAACAGUAGUUUAAGUGAACAAUCUCCUAAAAGUGACAGUUCAAAUAUUUUAUUAAAUGUACUUCAAAGAAAUUCUAAAAAGUCGUAUAGCCCAGAAUUUCAACCUGGAGAAGCUGUAAUGACGAACGAAAAUGAAAAGGAACAAGAUUACGAAGAAUUUGAAGAGAGUUCUUCGGAGGAAGAAGAAGCAGAAGAUAAUAAUGAUGAAUUUGACGAUUAUGGUCUUCAUAAAGAGGCCGAACCUUAUUUCGGUGUAUGGAAGAGAUCUCCCCAACCUAUGAAAUCAAGAUCCACGUCUCGUUUUGAAGAUGAAGAUAAAUCACGCACUAAUAAGAAUUCAUAUAAGGAUUUUGAAGAGGAGGAAAGAGAAUUGAAAGAAAGUGUAGAUAACUUGUCAGUUCAUCAUUAUGACAGGGAGAUUUUGAAAGAAAAUGAUUUUAAAGAGGGCGAAGUUCCUCACAAUGACAACGUUUCUGACACCGUCAAGUCAAUUGUCAAUAGUACUCGAUCUAUAGGGUCUUUUAAUAAAGAGGAAUCACUGAAUCCUAACUUUAACAAUCCACCAUUAUCAUUACCUAAUGACCAAACAUCCAUGAAUGGCAUAAAACCUAUGGAUACCUCUUCUGCGAAAACUAAGAAGUUUAAAAUUCUUAAAAGGGGUGAAAACCUUGAAGCUUUUGGAAACGCCUCAGCUCCAGAUACUCCAAAUGAGUCUUCCGCUUUAUUAUUAAACUUAUUGAAGAAGCCUUCUGUUAACGCAAACGGACAGAUAUCUGAGCUGGCAUAUCAAGCUGCUUCUGACGACCAUCAACAGGUUGGCUCGGCCAAAAGCACAGAAACAUUUGUGCCAUCAGUUGAUAAUAUUUCUUUAGAGGUACCAACCCAUUCAAAUUCAAGUACCGAAAAAACCAAUUCUACAAAUACCGAGUUAAUGAACAUGUUAAGGAAGAACUCAAAACCUUCUUUGGAUGACAAGAAUAACAUGAACGAAGUUGGUGCAUUAAAUGGACAUGAACUUUUGAAUAUGUUGAAACAUAACUCAAAUGUUGAGGAACAGAAGUCUCCACAGAAUGAACUACUUAAUAUUUUGAAAAAGAACUUCAGUCCCACGAAGAAUACAUCUAUAUCCAAUGCCACCUCUGCUUCAGCAGGUACUGGAGCUAAUCAAUUUUCAAAUUUGACCUCUUCUAAUAGCAUCAAUACUAGUGGAAAUGAAUUACUGAGCUUAUUAAAGAAAAGUUCAUCAUCGAAUGAAAACCAGGAAGCGAUCAAUCAAAAUAAUGGAAAUGAUUUAUUGAGAAUGCUGCAAAAACGUUCCUCUAAUACUCUUGAUUUUUUUACUUCAGGAAAUAAUGUCCAAGAUGGAAACCCAAUGACCGACAAUUUCUACUGA